AUGUUCAGACUCGCACUAACAAUGGGCAAUCGGCUUGGUGGAUUGCAGCGAAAACGUGAGAAGCCUGAACAUGCUGCUAUGAAAGUGUCGAUGAAACGAGUGAAAGGCCUGGAACAUGUGAAUAAAUUGCCAAACAUACUUCCACGACGCCAAUGCCUCCUUCGUCUUCUGAAGCAUAACCGCGUACAUGACUAUCUGCUUCUGGAGAUCGAAUUUAUUAAGCGGCAGAAUUCUUUCAAAUCGUUAGAAAGCCAAAAGAAAGAGGAGCGAAAAGUUGUGCAGGUUUGGGAAUGCGCAUAGUG